AUGUCCCAAUCGCGCGAGUUACUGCGCACAUUUGCGCGCCCUGCUGGGUCGCGACAGUUCCGCGGAGCUGCCAGCAGGGUGACGAUAACCCAGCAACGGGCUUUUACACGAAAAGCUUCGCCCUUGGCCAGCUCCAACAGACUUUCCCAUCGAUCGAACACCACGUACACGGCUGCACAGCCUCAGCCUCAGCCUCAGCAGAGGUUUGUGUCCACACCGGCGGCGUCGGACUUGCCUCAAUCCAGCGAAACGAAUCAAAAGGCUGCGGACGACAUCAAUGCUUUGAUUGAGAAGAUUGGCGAAAAUGAGGCUCAGAUGGUCGAAAUACUGGAGGAGUUGGAUCAGUUUGGGGUGCAGGACGAAGUGGACGAGUUCGUUGAAUUGAUCAUGCAACGGGACGAUCACACCCCCGAGUCUUGGGUGCAUCUCGUCAAGCAACGAUUCGGAGAGGAACUUCCGCAAGGAUUGUUGAAUGAUGCCGAGCUUCAGAUCUACGCUCGACUGUAUGGAGAACCCAUCUUUCGCCAGGAAGAGCCAAUGCUCGAAGAAGGCGAAGAAGGCGAGGAGGAUCCCAGUCUACUGCGAGAAACCACUGAAGGUGACUGGGAGGAGAUAACAUACAAGGAAGAUGCUGCCGCUGAGGAUGAUGUGCCUGUCGCCUAUGACAUGGAGGUUCCUCCCGAGGAGGAAGAGACCAGUGCCAUGCGGCGGACGAGGGAGGUCGCAGAGCAACUUGGCGGCGAGAUCAUGGUUGAACAGUUUGAGAAUGAGGCAGUCCCAGACUCUGCUCCUCGAAUGCAUCCGAACACCCUCGCGGGCAAAUCUGGGACGGACCCAAGCACUAUUCAUCUCCCCAAGAGGACUUUGACCGGCCCUAUCUCGAUCAUCCUGUCGGACUUUUCUAACAAGCACAUUGCCCAGUCCGCUCACAAUCUGUUUGGAGGACCAGGGUUGCCUCAUUCGACCACAACAGCUCCUCCCCGUGCCCAACUACCACAACUCCCCAUUCCUCUGCAUGCUUCGCAAAGGCAGAUGGGAGAAAUGGAGGCCAAUGUCUACCUGGCAGCCUUAUACCCGGGAAUCUACGCAUCAUCCCUCAGUGUCCUGGUUGAGAUCCGCAAGCGUAUGGGAUCCGACUGGAUCCGCAAUUUCAUUUCACGAGAGGAAGGACCAAAUGUUCUCGAUGCCAGCGGCGGUGGUGCUGGUAUUCUAGCCUGGCGAGACAUCGUCCGCACAGAAUACCAGCUCAUGGUGCCCGAUCACCCAGAGGAGUUGCCAGUUCCGUACGGGCGAUCAACUGUUUUAACAGGCUCAGUAGCUCUGCAGAUGCGUGCAUCCGCCAUGCUCGAUAACACCACCUUUCUCCCUCGUCUACCUGAUUACGUCCAUGUUCGUGAGAAGCCAACAUUGGAUGACUCGCGCAAAGCUCCCAAGCGCAAGCAAUACGAUGUCAUCAUCGCACCUCACUCUCUGCUUGGCCUGAAAGAAGAAUACGAGCGCAAGCAACACGUCGAAAACCUCUGGUCUCUCCUCAACCCCAACGGCGGAGUUCUCAUUCUCCUCGAGAAGGGCCGUCAAAAGGGCUUCGAGGCGAUAGCCGGAGCCCGAGAAUUGCUCUUGAAGCGCUAUAUCGCUAGCCCAGGCUCAACAGAAUACGAAAACUUCUUGGAAAGCCCGGACCCAAGUCCAACAAUUCAGAAAGAACCCGGAAUGAUCAUUGCUCCCUGCACCAACCACUCAACUUGCCCAAUGCACAAUUCCGCAGGCGCAACUAAAGGCCGUCGAGACUACUGCCACUUCGAGCAACGGUACAUUCGCCCUCCAUUCCUGCAACGCAUCAUGGGUGCCAAAGACCGCAACCACGAGGACUUGAAAUUCAGUUAUCUCGCCGUCCAGCGCGGCGUCGACCUUCGUCAAACAGAAGGUAUCAAGCAAGACGCUGCAGCCACAGAUGCCGCAUUCGAGGGUUUCGAAGACGAAACCACAGAACUCACUGAUAAAUCGCCCUUCCACCCUCUCGCCCUCCCCCGCGCCAUCUACCCACCCAUGAAACGCCGCGGACAUGUCAUCUUCGAUCUGUGCACGCCGGCUGGUAACAUUGAGCGCUGGACCGUUCCCCGCUCUCAUAGUCGGCAGGCGUAUCGCGACGCUCGCAAAUCAAACUGGGGUGAUCUGUGGGCUCUUGGUGCAAAGACACGCAUCCCACGGAACCUGAGAUUGGGCGAGAAACACGGAGAAGGGAAGAAGGAGCGUUUGGCUCGUCGCGCGGCGGAUAAGGCGCGUGAUGAUGAAGAUGGAGAGUUUGAGAAUCAGUAUGAUGAAGGGGAGGAGGAGUAUGACUAUGAGGAGAUUAUUGAUACUCCCGCACGGAAGAAGGGACAGCGCAUUCCUCCCUGGAAGAAGCAUAAUGAUAAGAAGAAGUUGAGACAGGCUGAGAGCAAGAUGUCGGCUGAAUAG